GUUCCUUACACUCAGUGGAGUCUAGCAGAAACAUCGCCGGCGACAUGGACGGAAGCCGGAACCUGGCGUCAAACACUGUCGGCCUAUGCCUCCUUCCGUCGGAGCUCAUUCAAGAUAUUCUCAUGCGUCUUGCACUGCCUGAACUCUCCUGUUUAAGGUCAGUGUGCAAACUCUUAACUUCAAUUAUUUCCGGUAAUGAUUUCCGCCGCGAGUUCAACGUCAGGUCGAGCUCAGAUAGCUGGCUCUUCGUUUACAAGAAGAGAUCUACUCGUGCUUCCGUACUCCACGGUUUCACUGAAAGAUCUGACCGGUGGUUCAACAUUCCGAUCGUCAAGUACUUGUUUCCGGUGAUUCCUCCCGGUGAAGAUCUCUACUUCUUGACUGCUUCCGGUGAUUUUUUCCUCUUUGCUUCAAAUAAUUGCCGAGAAUUGAUCGCCGUGAAUCCGACGACGAAGACCGCCAGAAAGAUCCCUCCGAGUCCACUUGGUCCACGUGGCACGUCAUCUUGGCGACGAUCCGGAUUGAAACUAAUAGCUGGACCGUCCGGUUCGGAUAGUUUCCGGUUCUUGUUCGCCGAAUCGUAUGAGAACCGGCCGGUUUUGUUCGAGUACAGCUCGGAAACUGACACGUGGAGUUCCAUAGAUGCCAAUGAAAGCAGCGAGGAUAGAGAACCACGUGGCAGCGAUCGGAGGAGGAUCUUCCUCAGCGUGGUCCAUCGGAGGAGAGAGAGCGUGGCGAUCGCCGUAUCGGAGACCGAUGGUCCGGUUGUUGUGCGGCCGAGAUUUGACGGAGGAGGAAUGGAGGAGCGGUUAGCAAUAGGUUUCAGCGCCAGCGACGAGGUCCAUCGGUUACACGUUUACGGUGAUGGGAACAUGGUGAUCAUAAGAUCGACGGUGGUCGAUGAGUUUGCAAAGGUGAGAAUGUUUACAUGUAUAGAAAUGUGGAGGAUGACUUUGGAUGGAAGAAGAUGGGAAUUUGUUUCCAAGGUUCCAAACGGGUUGGUGGAAAGGGUUAGAAAACCAUAUGGAGUAAUGAUGGGUUGUUUGGAGGAAAAAGAUGGGAAAGUGAAUGUGAUCCUGAUGUCUAACCAUAAGGGACAGUGGGACUUGAUUUGGUUGUCUUACUACGAUCUAGUGGGACGAGACCGAGAGGGUAAUUGGAGAUGGAUUCCAUUGCCGGAGUUUGGAAUGGAAGGCUUGAACAUGGCUGGUAUUGCUUUCUCAUCUGGUCUUUCUCUCCGAUGAUAUUGAUUUGAUUUGAU